CCUCCUGCAGUUCCCUCCUGAGCCAGAGCUCCCCCUCCAGAACGACAUGAUGCUCAAGUCUGUCACAGAGAGCUUUGCCAGCAUGAUUCACGGCUUGAAGGUGGACCACCUGACGGAUGGUGUCAUUCAGAGGAGCAAGAGGAUGAUUCUGGAUUCUCUGGGUGUUGGUUUCCUGGGAACAGGCACAGAAGUGUUCCACAAAGUCACACAAUAUAGUAAAAUCUACAGUUCCAACACCUCCAGCACCGUUUGGGGUCGACCAGACUUCAGGCUCCCACCCACAUAUGCUGCUUUUGUGAACGGCGUCGCUGUUCACUCCAUGGAUUUUGAUGACACAUGGCACCCAGCCACCCACCCUUCUGGGGCAGUCCUGCCAGUCCUCACAGCUCUAUCAGAAGCCCUGCCUCAGACUCCAAAAUUUUCUGGCCUUGACCUGCUGCUGGCAUUUAAUGUUGGUAUUGAAGUACAAGGACGGUUAAUGCACUUCUCCAAGGAAGCCAAGGACAUCCCAAAGAGGUUCCAUCCUCCCUCUGUGGUGGGGACUUUGGGAAGUGCCGCUGCUGCAUCCAAAUUUUUAGGACUCAGCUUGACAAAGUGUCGAGAGGCCCUGGCUAUUGCUGUUUCACAUGCUGGGGCACCCAUAGCCAACGCUGCCACUCAGACCAAGCCCCUUCACAUCGGUAACGCAGCCAAGCAUGGGAUGGAAGCCACAUUUCUAGCGAUGCUGGGUCUCCAAGGAAACAAGCGGAUCUUGGACCUGGGGUCAGGGUUUGGGGCCUUCUAUGCCAACUACUCCCCCAAAGACCUUCCAAGCCUGGGUUCUCACAUCUGGCUGCUGGAUGAGCAGGACGUGGCCUUCAAGAGCUUCCCAGCACAUCUGGCUACCCACUGGGUGGCAGACGCAGCUGCAGCUGUGAGAAAGCACCUUGUGAUUUCGGAAGGAGUCCUGCUUCCUGCUGACCGCAUCGAGAGGAUUGUGCUCAGGAUCCCCGAUGUCCAGUAUGUAAACAGGCCCUUCCCAGACUCAGAGCAUGAAGCUCGUCAUUCCUUCCAGUACGUGGCCUGUGCCAUGCUGCUCGAUGGUAGCGUCACCGUCUCGUCCUUCUGCAGUGAGCAAAUCAACAGGCCACAGGUGAGAGAGUUGCUCCAAAAAGUGGUUUUGGAACAUCCCCCUGACAACCUGCCAAGCUUUAACACACUGUACUGUGAGAUAAGCGUCACCCUGAGGGAUGGAGCCGCCUUCACCGCGCGCUCUGAUACCUUCUACGGUCACUGGAGGAAACCACUGAGCCAGGAGGACCUGCAGAAGAAGUUCCGAGCCAAUGCCUCCAGGAUGCUGCCCAAGGACACGGUGGAGAGCCUUAUAAAGGUGGUAGAAAGCCUCGAGGACCUGGACGACUGUUCCGUGUUGACCUCGCUUCUGAAAGGACCCUCUGUCCAAGAGGAGGACUCAAAACUAGCCCACAUAUUCUCCUUCCCGCAUACAACGUCUAGGCUUACCAAUGUCUAAACAACUUUGCAAUAGAGGAGAUUCAGUUGUUUGCUCUGCUGCUCCAUCCGCCCAGCAAUGAACAGAGCAAACUAGAGAUAUGAGCAGAGAUACUUGUAUUUGGAAGGAGUCUUGACCUAUAGUCUUGAGAGACCAUUUCCACUACCUUCCAGAUAACAUUCAAGAAACAAACAACACAAGAUAUAUGUGUAUUCACAAGGGUAAAGUCUGAGUCCCCUGCCAUCUGCUUAUUAUCUCUCCUGAGUAAUUAUCUGUUAACUCUGGGAACUUCACAGAUGUGGAGGGACUUGAACCUGCAUGCUGCUGGCUGCAGGUGGAGCAAGCUCUGGUCUGGGCCACCGCCUGCCCAGAGAGGACAGAUACUGCCAAACCCUUCCUGCAAUGGCUGAUUUGAGUGAUCAGCAGGUCUAAUUUUGCCUCUUCUUUUUUCCACGCACAGUCCUGAGUUUGUAGCCAAGAAUUCCUCUGCUUCAGCCCCUCUACUAAAGAGAUAAAGACAGUCUGAUAUGGGGCAGGGAAGUAGUCUGGCUUAAGACUCCCAGUUUCACUCUGUUAGCUCCGAAAAUUAUUUUGAGAAGAUUUGACAGGGAAAAGUCAGAGAUACAAUAAAAAUGAAAAGGGGAAAGAUGUUGAUGUGUGAGUAAUGAAAAUAUUAACUAUACAACAUAGAGAUGCCACAUUAGCAAUCAUGAUGAAUGUGCUCUGAAUUCCCAGUGUUUCCAAGGAAAGAAUGGGGCUCUUAGCUUCAGACAGUGACUUGCAAGCGUCUAUGUGGAAAUGUGCUGGGUAACUGAGAACUUCAGCAGAAUACAUCACUCCCCAGUUCAUAGGAGGAGAAAAACAUAAUUGGAAAAAUGACAAUCCAAGGGAGGAAAAGAAAGAAGGGGAAAAUAAAUACAAAGAA